AACAUUCGAUUUCUGGCGAACAAAUACUGGUGGAAAUUCUGGAUUUAUACUAUGAGUGAAUCAAGCGAGGCGUUGAAGGCAGCCAAGAUACAGCGUCGAUCCGCAAAGGCUGCGUUGACAAGACUGGGAAAAGCGCUGAAUCAUCUGUGCGAGAACGAAAGACCAGCUGAAGAGGUAAGCGAUUAUCUCAUUAAAGUAAAACAAGCCUUUGAUAACGUGGUUUCAAAACACGACCUAUAUGCAAAUUUAAUUGACCAAGAUGAACAGUUUGAACAGGAAGAACAGUGGUUAGAUGAAUGA